CGGGGCGCGGGCGCCCGGGCAUCCUCCGGCGCGGCGGCGGCGGUUGCUCCUCCCCGGCACCUCGGAGCGCCGCGGGCGCGGAGCGGCUCCUCUCAGCGCCGGCCGUGCGCCCUCCGCCGCGCUGUGCCCCUCCACCCCACCCCCUCCGCCCCAAUCUCUUUCUCUGUGCCGCCGGACAACGCCAUGAAGCCGGCGGUGCUGGAAGUAAUGAGGAUGAACCGGGUGUGCAGGAUGGUCCUGGUCACUUCCGUGGGCUCCUUCAUCCUCGUCAUCUUCUAUUUCCAAAGUAUGUUGCACCCAGUAAUGCGUAGAAAUCCAUUUGGGAUGGACAUUUGUUGCCGGAAAGGAUCCAGAAGCCCACUUCAGGAACUGUAUAAUCCCACCCAGUUGUCCAACACAGCAAUUCUUCAUCAGAUUAGACGAGACCAAGUGACAGACACAUGCCGAGCAAACAGCGUAUCUAGCAGGAAGCGCCGUGUGCUGACACCCAACGAUCUCAAACACCUGGUCGUGGAUGAAGAUCAUGAAAUGAUCUAUUGCUAUGUUCCCAAAGUGGCCUGCACAAACUGGAAGAGAGUCAUGAUGGUUUUGACGGGAAGAGGCAAGUACAGCGAUCCAAUGGAAAUCCCAGCCAAUGAAGCCCAUGUGUCUUCGAACCUGAAGACCCUCAACCAGUACAGCAUCCCAGAGAUCAACCACCGCUUGAAAAACUACAUGAAGUUCCUCUUUGUUCGCGAGCCUUUCGAGAGACUGGUGUCAGCCUACAGGAACAAGUUCACCCAGAAGUACAACACUUCCUUCCACAAGCGAUACGGCACCAAAAUCGUGAGGCGCCAGAGGAAAAACGCAACCCAGGAAGCUCUGCGUAAAGGCGAUGAUGUGAAAUUUGAAGAGUUUGUGGCGUAUCUCAUCGACCCGCACACCCAACGAGAAGAGCCCUUCAAUGAGCACUGGCAGACUGUGUACUCCCUCUGCCACCCUUGCCACAUCCACUACGAUCUCAUAGGAAAAUACGAAACGCUCGAAGAGGAUUCGAAUUACAUUCUCCAGCUGGCGGGAGUAGGCAACUACCUGAAGUUCCCCACCUAUGCAAAGUCUACGAGAACUACUGACGAAAUGACCACAGAGUUCUUCCAGAACAUCAGCUCCGAGCACCAAACGCAGCUGUAUGAAGUCUACAAACUUGAUUUUUUAAUGUUCAAUUACUCAGUGCCAAGCUACCUGAAAUUGGAAUGAGGGAUGGGUUGGGGGGAGAGAGGGGAGAGAAAGCCUGUUUUAUUUAAGAUUUUUAUUUGUCAUAAUAAAUAUGGAGAAUGGGUUAUUUUGUAAAUUAAUAUUUUCUUUUUUUGAAUGAUGCUGCGAGCAGCACAGUCAAAAUUAUUUAAAUCAACUGUAAGAAAGGACAGCUCUCUUUGCAGGGUAACAGGAUUGUGACGAUCUAGUUGUAGUAAUGAAUAAUACUGCUACACUGUUUAAAAAAAAUGUUAAUUGUGUUCUGGUGAAUUUCAUUGAUCUUGCAUUCCUCCAAUUCUAAUUAAUGUUAUUUAUACUUAUUUAAAACAUGGUCUCUUGGUAGGUGUCACUUCAGCAGCAGAGAUAAGAUAACGUUUGGACAAAAGGAGUCUGGUUUUGUGCUUUCCUCAGUUGAGUUUGUCUCUUGGGUAAUAAUACUCUUCCGUUAGCCGUUGAUGCAGGUAAAUACGGGAAUGGGUCUUGAUACCACAUGCUUUGAGAAGAGCGGUGGAAGUAAUUUCUUCAGAAAGUGAUAUUGCACUUAAGUGUACUAAAAAAUUCUGUCUUUCUAGCCCUGAAAGGGAAAAGUAAAACAGAUUUUGAUAGAUUCAUGAUAUCUAAAACCCAUGACUGAAAGAAAUGUGAAUGUAUUCCUUGGGAAGAGAAACCAUGAACUUUUUAUAAGUCUGGACUUAAAGAGUUUAUCAAGAAUAUGACCAGUCCCAUUGUCUCUUAAUUUGAAGCCUGCCAGCCCAAACAAAUGCGGAUUUGCAGGUGGUCAUCAAAAAAAAAUCAGCGUUUUGAAAGUGACUGUAAAGAUUUUUGAAUGCCCAAAGCAAUUGGCAUUGACUUAAUUUAUGUCCAGGCUGGGGCUGGGGGAGCUCUGUCCUCUGCAAGUCCUGCCUCCCUAACUGAUCUUAAGACAGACAACCAAAGUUGGUGGCUCAAAAGACACCAGUCAUGAUACGAUAGGAUACGGGCAUGUCAUUUGAAAAGUCAGAAAGUCAUCUUCGUGUUGAUCUCUAAGCAUGCAAGGCAAUAAAAAAGGUCUCAUCUUCCUACAUGCUGGUUUCAUGGCUUUUUCCCAGGGGGAAGGGGGAGUCUUUUUUCAGUUGAUGCCUAAAUACCAUUGACAGGGAUGUUUCUAAUUUCCAGUGGGUUGGUAUUUCAUCUAAGUCAGCUCCAGUGUGAGACCAUCACCUUUUUAGCUAAGGUGAAUCUCGAUAGCGUUUUUUUUGUGUAUAACAGCUUGUUGGGAUGGUGGAUUGUACCAGGGGUGGCACACCAAGCAAUUUGGGCGAGCAAGUAAUAAUCUAUUCACGGCAAAUAAGUGUGAAUAGUGAAAAAGGGGAUUUCAGCGUGGCUCUGUAAGCAAGCUAGUGAGCAGAAGCGCAGACUUCUCCAAAUGGUUGCUUUAAUUCGAUGCAGGUGAGGUGGACGGCCAAGCGGGCAGCAGGCGCCAGCCUGGGGAAUGGUCUGUAGCCACCCCAAGCUGUCCCAUCCUGGGCUGGCAGCCGGCUGGUGGGCAGGAGGCAGCAGAGGCUUAAGUUGAGGCAUUUGUGGGAACCUAAAAUCUGUUUCAAAGUUGAUUGAUUGUUGAAAUGGGGCUUUGUCUCGCCUGCGUGUUAAUCUUACGAUCAAACCAAACCCUUCCAAAACUUAGUGAAGAUUUAAAUAAACUCAGCUAAAGGCAGAGCUGUUUUAACAGUAUCAGAGCCAGAUCCUGAAAAUGUACAGUACGGUACAGUACUGCAGUACAGUAGCUGAAUUGCAUCCACUGAAUUAUAUUAGUCUCCAGGAUACGUAUGUGGUUAAAGAAGAAAAAUAGGUUCUGUCGUAUUUUAUAAAAAUAAGUCACUGAAUAAAUCUCAGCGAAGAACAAAUUAACAUAACAAACAGCAGCUGAAGUCCUUUCACAAUUGGAUUCAUUCUUAGCCCGGCUUCGGGUGGUUAUUUUUUUUAUCAUACCCUACAAAUAAAUCUCUCGUCCCUUCUGGAACGGCCACGGUUUUCAUAACCCAGGUCCUAUUGAUAACCCGUAGCGCUGACCCAGUGGCUGGCUGCGCCUGACGGCUCUGAAUUCCUGAGCGGUUGCUGGUCGCUGGCUGGUGUUUUACUUGAAAGCGGUUUUGUCUCAUUUAUAGAUUAUGCAGAGCUGUUGCAAGUGCCUAUCACAGUGUGCCCUGGCUUUCUUUUGUUCGUAGGUCAAUGAUUAUAUGGGUGUUAAAAAGAAAUAAAACCUAUCUGAGGGCAGAUUCCCCCUCUCCCUCCCCUGAUAUUUCCCACAACCUAUUUGUGUGCUUGGUUGGUCUUGUAUCCAACAGUGCUCAUAUUUUGGUCCAAUUUUCUCUUCAGUUAUCUGUUCAUUCACCCAACAGAAUGUGAUGUCAUUUUUUUUUUAUUUAAGAAAAAAGUUGCUUCAGAAAGUAAGUGUUUUAAAAACGGGGUGUGCUUUCCCCUUUCUUUUUGUACCUCUCCCGGUCAUCACCGCGUUUUUAUCUGUUCUGAAAUACUCUCUUCAGUUUCACUGCUUUGGAGACACAAAAACCCUAUUUGACAGAUGCGAUAGAAAAGCUGUAGGUGAAAAAUGAUGUUCAGGAGAUCUGAGGGGUGAGCGCUGCUCAGAGCCAGAAUUUUUAGCAGCAGCUUUGGGUUUGAUUAGCCAAAUUCUGCCUCCCCACAGAGGGCUGCCUUACAGGCGGAUUCUCAGCACUGAGAUGGCUUCUAGGUGGACUUAAGUGGGUACUUAAAAGUCACUUUUUAAAAACGUUGAUCCCAGCCUACUGCAAACUGUCCAUUUAGUGUGUUAUAUCUCUUUUGGGGUGUUGUGAAUGGGCUGCAGAUCUGUGUUUAAAAUGAACAGCUGACAUGCUGGAUAUGGCCGUGUCCUGCAUGGUGAGCACAAAGGCCUCACCAGGGCAGAGGAGGACGACAAAUGCCUUUUUUUUGGGUCUACUGGGUGUGUUGACUGAGCCAAAAAAUACCUCUUUCACUGCACCCCCACCGGAGGAUGUUCAGGGUUGUUCCUCCUUAUCUCAGCGAGCUGGUGGCCACCACCCGCAGCGCGGGGGCAGCUGGGGGACCGGGUUUAUUUUACCCCCACCUCUCUACUGGGUUUCCCAGCCAGAGGAGAAGAGGGGCUGGUCUGCUCCCAAGCUCUGGCUCCCUCCUGGGUUCAUUUCUGCUGUGGCCACAGCUGGUCCCGGGAGACAAAUGGGCAAAACUGCAGCCACAGCAAAAUGCAAAAUACAAAAUACAAAUGUGCCCCUGGGGCCGCGAGGGCCACCCGGAGAGCAGCCGUUUUAGGAGGACGUGCAUUAGUUAUGGUCGAGCAGCGGUUGAGCACAGAGAGAGGGCCCAGUGGGGAAGGUCCUGCUCCCCACCUCUGCCCCCCGCCCCCUCAAAGCCGCUGGGCUCGAGGAGCGGUGAUCCCCAUCUCUGAGCAGCCGGUGCCUCUCUGUCAUUCGGCAGGGCCAGCGAUACCCGCAGCCGGGGGUUUGUUCCCCCCGAUGGCCCCAAGCACCUUAACCUGGAGCCCAGGCUGGAUUUGGCCCAUCUGAACAUGGUGGUGACUCCUGGGCGGUGGGAAGCUCCCCCCCGGCCCCGGCUCCAAACCUGACUUGGUCCAUGCUUCAGCCUCUUCGUUAACCAUGACCAUUAUCACAGAAACUUGCAAACUGCCUGAACCAUGCGCUGCGUAAAACAAAUGAAACAAAUAAUUCACAAGCAGAAGUGCUUUUAGGAGUAAGUUGACCCCAGAUGUUUUAGGGUUUCACUGUAGUCUGCUGCACUUUUCAGGUACAAAAAGGGACUGUCCUUACUAUUACUCUUGUUACAGAGAGUGUUAUUUUCUUACAUGCAUGCACAAUACAAUGUGUACGAAUAAUUUAACAUCGAUGUGGGGUUGGAUUUUUUUUUUAACCUAUUUGUAUGCAGUAGAAGGCUUGUUGUAGAAGAGUAUCUCCUCAUACCUAAAUAUACUGUUAAUAAAGAAAAAAGCUAAAUUAUACAUUGCCAACACAAGUGUGAACUGCUCAUGAAUCUUUCCUUAAAAAAGCCAUUCAAGCCUGAUUA